AUGGCGUCGCCGGCGAGGGCAAUGGUGGUGGCGCUGCUGCUGCUCCUGGCGACGGCUGCCGUGUCGACGGCCCAGCAGCACGACUACGGCGACGCCCUCCGCAAGAGCAUCCUCUUCUUCGAGGGCCAGCGGUCCGGCCGCCUCCCGCCCGGCCAGCGCGUGCGCUGGCGGCGCGACUCCGCGCUCAACGACGGCGCCACCGCCGGGGUACACACCACGAACCAUUUCUCUACAUUUGUCUGCAAAGUGGACCUGAGCGGCGGGUACUACGACGCGGGCGACAACGUGAAGUUCGGCUUCCCGAUGGCGUUCACGGCGACGCUCAUGUCGUGGGGCCUCAUCGACUUCGGCAGGACCUACGGCCCGCAGGAGAGGGAGGCCCGCGAGGCGCUGCGGUGGGCGACCGACUACCUGCUCAAGGCGACGGCGACGCCGAACACCGUCUACGUGCAGGUGGGCGACGCGUUCCGGGACCACUCGUGCUGGGAGCGGCCGGAGGACAUGGACACCCCCCGGACGGUCUACAAGGUGGACACCGCGCACCCGGGGUCCGACGUCGCCGCCGAGACCGCGGCGGCGCUCGCCGCCGCCUCCAUCGUGUUCCGCGAGGCCGACCCCGCUUAUUCCACGCGGCUCCUCGACCGCGCCGUCGCCGUGUUCGAGUUCGCCGAUAAGUACCGGGGAGCGUACAGCAGCAGCCUCCACGACGCGGUGUGCCCCUGCUACUGCGACUACGACGGGUACCAGGACGAGCUGCUGUGGGGCGCGGCGUGGCUGCACAAGGCGUCGCGGCGGCGGGUCUACCGGGACUACAUCAAGAAGAACGAGGUGGCGCUCGGCGCCAGCGAGUCCAUCAACGAGUUCGGCUGGGACAACAAGCACGCAGGGAUCAACAUACUCAUAUCCAAGGAGGUGCUGAUGGGCAAGGAUUCCUUCUUCACCUCCUUCCGCGAGAACGCCGACGACUUCAUCUGCACCCUGCUUCCGGGCAUCUCCAGCCAAGACCACGUCGACUACUCGCCAGGCGGCCUGCUCUUCAAGGUGGGCAACAGCAACAUGCAGCACGUGACGUCCAUCUCCUUCCUCCUCCUCGCCUACUCCAGCUACCUCAGCCACGCCAACGCCCACGUCCCCUGCGGCGGCGCCGCCGCCUCCCCAGUCGUGCUCCGCCGCGUCGCCAAGCGCCAGGUGGACUACAUCCUGGGCGACAACCCGCUGCGCAUGUCCUACAUGGUCGGCUACGGCGCGCGCUUCCCGCAGCGCAUCCACCACCGCGGCAGCUCCAUCCCGUCGGUGGCCGCGCACCCGGCGAAGAUCGGCUGCAAGGCCGGCGCCGCCUACUACGCCAGCACCGCGCCAAACCCCAACCUGCUCGUCGGCGCCGUCGUGGGCGGCCCCAGCAACGUCACCGACGCCUUCCCCGACGCCAGGGCCGUCUUCCAGCAGUCCGAGCCCACCACCUACAUGAACGCGCCGCUGCUCCCGCUCCUCGCCUACUUCUCAGCCCACCCCAGCCUGCCACAGGCCGGCAACGACGACUGA